GUCACAGCUUAAAGACCAAUAGAAAGUUAAAACCAAGAUAUUAGACAAACACCGAAGAUCAGGCUCGUGGUUCACACACUGCUGUUCAUCCUUACAAGAGUCACACACAUUCAGAUCAGAGGCGAUGAGGGAGACGCUGGUGUUGGUGUUUCAGGCUCUGCUCUGGCCCGCUGUCUCAGCCCUGUUCACAGUUGAGAAGGAGCAGAGUUCAUAUGAGGCACGGCUACACGAUGACAUCAAACUCGUGUGCACGUUCUCCAAAGUCAAAAGCCUUUCUGACCUCCACGUCAUAUGGCGCAGAAUCGAGCCGAAGCCCGAAGAGGAGGUCUACAGAUACAAGAGAGGCAGAAAAAUGCAGAACUUCACCCACCCGGACUUCAGAGAGCGAGCUCAUCUCAUCCACGAGCAACUGAAUCAGAAUCGAGCUGUAUUACAAUUAAAAAAGCUCAGGAUCAAAGAUUCAGGAAUAUACCAGUGCAUCGUCAAAGUGGGAGAUGAUGGAGACUACGAUGGGGACUACAAAGACAUCACGCUCAGUGUUACGGCACUUCACAAUCCAGUCAAGAAAAAAGUGCAGAAAACCCAGUUAAAAGACGAAGUGGAACUGUCGUGUGAGUUCGAGGGAUACCCGCUGGCGCAGAUUCUCUGGAGCGACGGACAGAACAUAAACCUCACGGAGAAAUCCAGAAACAGCACACGCUCCACCAAUGAAGAUCUCUUCAACGUCACCACUCGACUGGCGGUGAGACGAGACCUCUCGAGAAACUACACCUGCUCCUUCCUGACGGAGGGGCGAGUCAGACAGACGGCCACUUUCCUUAUUCCCCAUGAAAUUCCUUCCGGUUCUUCUCAUCAGUAUGUUUGGAUCGGCGCUGUGGUGGUUGUGUUACUGGUCAUUGUCUUCGUCUCCAUCUUCCACCAUAGAAGAAAACACAGUCAGAAAGACAGAAGAAAUGAAGCAUCAAAGUGCUCACUUCAGUUCCCACAAACCCCUGCAAACACCGACUCUUUGUUGACAGUAAAUGAGAACAGAGCACAGAUCGGUGACAUUACACGGGAAGAGCAUGUGGAAAAACUUCAGACUCACAGAGACGCUCUGACACAGCAGUAUUCACGACCGGUGAGAGAUGAAGAACAGACCGCUGUUAUACCGCAAUAACACGCUGCCACGUGCGCUUUACGUCAGAUGCCAAACUCUGAACGUCACCUCAGUCUCGCCCGCUAAACAUCAGACAUCCUCCUGCUGGACAAACUGCGGCUCCGGCUGGUGGUGUUUGUGGAAGGGGAAUUUUACUAGACGUCAGAUGAAACAUUCCUAAUGAAACCCCAUUAGAUGUGUCUGAUAUCAGAGAGACGCUCCUGGGAUCAGAGGAUACAGCGAGAGAAACAGACUCUCAGGAUGUUUCUAAUGGAGCGUCAGACGCGAUGUCACAGCCGAGAGAAUAUCCAGCCCUGCAGGACAGAGUUAGGAUGAUAUUGAACCUCAUGCCCAAAUCAGACCAGCCUCAAACGUGACUUUACGAAGAACUGAAAGAUGCAUUUUCAUACUGUACGUUAUACAUGCAGAUUCAGAGCGGCAUCUCUUUUCUCCUUGAAAAUAUGAAACGAUGGAAAGAGUAAUCUGGCUUCAGGUCAAAGUCAUUUCACAAUCUUGUUCAUUUUAUAUUCCCAGAAUAAGAAAUGAGAACAUGAUAAUGAAACAUUAUUGCUACAUACUUCUUUUGUACUGCUGUUACAGGAAUUCAGCCCGUCUGGAAUGUUUACAACAUUGAAUGUCGCUAAUAAUACAUUUCUCCAUUGCUAACACACAAUUCACCAUUUUUUCACAACUAUAAACCCAUUCUCAGAACAAUACACCAACUUCUACAAACCCCACACAAAAACCUCCUCAUUUUGCAAAGGUUUAACCAUGUUCUCGUUCAGAAAACACAUAAUAUAAUGAACUGAAGUGUCCAGAUGUAAUCUCAAAAAGCACACAUUUGUCCAUCAGUAAACAUUGUGAACGGAUGUCACACCAAUCAGAACCUCAGGAUGAUAUCGAUAGGAGAACGGGUGAUUGUAAUAGAAUGUAAAAAGGUAAUAGAACCAUCUACAGGGCAAAAAUACAGUAUAAUUACAGUACACACUUUAUAUGAGAAAAAUGUCACUUCUCUGUCUCCAGUAAACUGUAGCACGUGUACACCCUUAAAGUCAUGAUUGUCACGUUUAUUUGUAGCAUUUUUUACAUUUUUGCAGAACUCACAAAAUCAGAAUACCAAGAAAUUGCUUACGUAUCCUGUAAUGAAAUUGGGCCAAAGGUACAUAGGAUGCCAUGUUUAUUUAUAUAUUUAUGCAAUAUGUUUUUUGGUUUUUGAACUUGUCUUGUCUCCUUUCAUCUAAGAUUACUCGACAGUCAUUUUUUUCCCCUAAAGCUCAUUGUUGCAUUUUGCUCUUUCUGCACUCUUUUAUGUUGAAUAUUGUAAUAGAAGCGGCGAUGUAAAAUUACUCUUGAAUCCCAAUAAGAGGUUUUAGUAACAGUGUUUUGAAUUGAUCUCAGCAGCGACUGUGUUGUAAGGUGAGUGAUUCUGAGCGCUUCUGUGUCAUGUUUGUGGGAAAAGUUUGCAUUUUCAGCAAGUUUGAAUGGUUUUGAGUGGAGAGCUUCAUAUUCACCCGAAAAUAUGAUGUUGAGGGAAGUUAUGGAUUUCUGUUUAGAGUUUCGAGAAAAUGAGCCAUAAUUUCAAGAAAUGUGUUUAACCAAUCGAGGAAAAACUGUAACAAUGUGUCAGAUUAACAACGACUGUCCCAUAAACCCUCUGUCACGGAAGAACAUGUUUUUAUAGUUGUGUUUUGUUCAAAGGUGAAAGUGAAAACUGUAUUUUGGAUGUCUUUUUUAAAUAAAAGAUUAUUUUGUAAUUCUUGAA